AUGGCCUUGACCACUCCUGAUGGGAGUUCCAAGAGCGUUGUCUCCCCGGAGUCCAACAGACACUUCAUGAUGGACUCGGGUGGUCCGGAUUCCUACUUUCCUUCUUCAGUCGUGGAAGAGAUGGUCGUCAUGCUUGAGCCGUAUGGCUUGGUCAAAGGUCACAAACAAGGCUCGUACAUGGCUCCUUGCGGUAUAGUCGAUCAACCCGGUGGUCUUGAUCUCCGGUUUCUGGGUGGUCGUGGUGAUGCGAGUGGACCAAGCUAUCGUAUUCACUUCCGCGACCUGUUCGACGAUAAGGAGAAGCCGGAACAGAAGGUGGACACCAAGAUCGGAGCAUGUCAGUUCUUGCGCUCCGUCUAUGUGGUCACUAAUCUUGAUGAGCGCACUGUCGGGCUCGCUCAGGCCGUGGACCGUGCUAGUGAGUUGACGGAUAUUCAAGAGAUCAAGGCUAGCGACGACUUUGGCGGUUGCAAUAGUGCGUGA